UUUUUUUUUUGGCACCUUUUUCAUUGGACGAUAACGACGAUAACGAAGUGAGCGAAGCGCGCGAGCGCGGGCGGUUGAUGAUUUGCUUCAAAUUUUUAGGAGUGCGUUCCAAAUCGGUAAGCCCGACACAUCGCAAGCCAUGGCCAUGCCCGGUGAUCCGUCCGAUUACCCGCUGCUCUACGAGCUGGACUUGGAAGACGAAGGCACGGAGAACUUAAUCGAGGAGUUCACGGAUAUAAUUUCGAACGCGGCAAUCAGCGAAGUUGAGCAGGCGUUGGUCAAUUACGUAGCCUCCAAUAUCGAGCCUGUCGGUUGGACAGCAAUUUGGAAGGCCAAGCGCGGUUCGCACGGACUGCAGUCCAACUGCGACUUUCUCGUUGAGGUUACGAACGUAAGUGUAAACGCACUGGAAGCGGACAUUCGCAUUCUGACAGUCUUGUCUGACCUCCCCGGCGUGAACGUGGCAGAAGUCGUGCCCAUUGCACCCCUCCUUGAUCUGUACCCAUCGUCAGAAGAUGACCCAGAGGGGAAUUUUUUCGAAACUGCGCUUGUCAUCGAGCACGUCAGGUUCUUUUACAACCAUAUAUGGAAGCCAUGGGACGAUGCUGAUGAUGAAAUUGAAAAGUUCGUGUUCAAGAUACGGCCCAGAGUAGAGCUCUACAUGGACAUUGCUGCUGGGCAGGUGGAUGAUAGCACGAAGAUCAAAGUUCAGAGGUUUCUUCAGGAAGGUCAACAGAUUCGCAGGGCGCUGGAAACACUGAAGGUGUCAACGGGGCUGAACAGCGGCGACCCCGACCUUGAACUGGACCCUGCCGACGUGAAGCAGAUGGUGGAGUUCACCGAGCGCUUAGAGGCUCUCUCUCGGGCAAUGGACAUCAUAGAGAACCGUCAACUGAGGCUCUGCAUGGUGCAGGAGCAGUUUGUCCAUCACCCCCAGCCCGCGAGAAGGCCUGGCAUUCUUGUUAUGCACGUUGUGGCUGCCGAGUUCUUCUCCUUUGCUCACUUGAAGGUGAUUUUACUUUUGUACAGCAUUGCUCAAUGCAUCUCUAGGCUCACCUUCAUUUCUCUUCUCGUGCAGUCUUUGGGAGUUGCUGACGACAUUGCUCUUGAAUUCCACUAUUCUCUUGGACAUGCCAUAUCAGCAUCUCAGGAGCGAGACCAGAUCUUGUUGCUUCCAGGCAUCCACACGUGCGCCGGCCUGCCCUGGAUCGACAAGGAUAUCACUGUGGAAGGUGCUGGUGACCGUGAGAAUACUGUGCUGACCCCCACAGACGUCGGAGAUGUCUUCAUCAACUGUAGCACUUCUCGUUUGAAACUCAGAAACAUCACUGUUAAAGUAACGAGGCCCAUGCAAUGCGUCCUCAUGGUGCACAGUGGCGUGGUGAUGAUGGAAAACUGCCACAUUGAUGGCGGUUCUGCCACGGUUCCCAUCACAGUUCUGAACAAUGCAGAGCUCCACAUGACUGACUGCGAGGUUGAGACUGCCCAAGGGAAUGACAUUGAUGUGCGACCUGGUGGAGUCCUGAAAGUGUUGCCGUUCGACGGGACCGUCGGCAACGAGAACACCAUGCCUCAAUUGGAAAGACCUGGUGCCGAAAACAAAGGAAAAAAUCAAGAACCACCUGUUGCUGCGAGAAAUAUGCCUCUUGAUGCUAAUGCAAACAUUGUGGAUGGGUAAAAAGCUGAACUUAAUCAUUUUCUUUUUACAAUGGACCAAGCAAAGUGUACUUUUCUCCUUUUUUUUUGUGUGUGUGUGUGUGAAUUAAUAAAGUACCCUUUCUUUGACAA